AUGGCGGAGCGGCGCGUCCUCGCGCUGCUCGGUCCGUGCCGGCGAGGCGCGCACGGCGGCGCGGAGGAGGACCUGGGAGGCCUGCGCGGCGUCGACGUGGCGGCGUUACACGCGGAGCACACGUCGCGAUCGCUGAUCGACGCGCUCGCGCGGCUCCGCGAGACGUGCGGCGCGAUCGCGGUCGCGGACGACGACGGUUGGGGAACGCUCAGCCUCGCGGCGCCGAGGACGUCGUUCGCGUGCGCGAGCUGGUGGCCGGGCGUGCGCGCGCCCACCCCCUCGCGCGUCGAAUCGCGCGGCGGGGGAGGCGACGAAGAAGACGGCGGCGGCGGCGGCGGCGCGGGGGGGGACGACGACGCGACGACGACGGCGACGGCGACGGCGCGGUCGCCGAUCGGAUGGAUGGACGCGCGAGACGCGGCGGCGGCGCUCGCGGCGAUGACGACCGCCGCGGCGUCCGCGUCGAGCGACGCGGCGUCGGAGGCGGCGACGACGCCCGCGGUCGCGGCGGCGAGCGCGCUGUCGCUCGUGCGACGGAACGGCGGCGAACGCGCCGGCGGGCUGUUGGACGCGAUAUGGAUCACCGCCGGCGUCGGCGAAGAAGACGGCGAGCCCAAUAGCGGCGGCGGCGGAUCCGAAUGGCCCUCGGAGGCGGUCGCCGCGUACGGCGUCCUCAAAGCCGCGCGCGACGCGGGCGGGCGCGUCUCCGUGAUCGUUCUCCCGUGCCGCGCGGCGGCGGCGGCGAGCGGCGGCGGCGCGGGACAGAGCAAAUCGAAACGCCCGCCGGCGGGACGCGCCGUCGCCGUUCCGCCCGUCGUCGCCGCGGUCGCCGCGCGAUUGGGCGCGACGUGCCGCGCGAUGCCGUCCGCGGGGCGCGCGCCGCUGGUUGAUCCCGGCGUGCGAUGGCGCGGGCGGCUCGUCGUGCCGACGGGCGACGCAGACGGCGGCGGCGGCGGCGCGGUGACGUUCCCGGACGUGUGCCUCUCCGACGCGACAAACGCGGAGCGCCGCGCGCGCGCGGUCGGGUCCGACGACGCGGUCGCGUCGACGUCCGCCGCGGCGUCGGGGUCGGCGACGGUGCCGGCGGCGGCGACGUUCGCGCUGAGCGGCGACAUGACCGUCCUCGAGGUCGUGCGGUUAGAGGUGGUGCCGCCGUCGCACGUCGCGGCGCCGCCGCCGCUUCGAUUCGCGGCGGAGCGACGCGGCGGCGGCGGCGGCGGGGGGGGUGGAGAAUCCGAAGCGACGCGGCGCGCGAUCAGCGCGCGGGACGCGGUGUUCGCCGCGUGGACGGCCGCGACGAAGGCGUCGGCGCCGGCGCAGGCGCCCGCGUUCCUCGUCCGCGUGCCGCUCGUCGUCGGCGGCGGCGGCGCCGGCGACGCGGGUAAGGGGAAGGGGAAAAAAGUAUCGCCGCCGCGGCUCCCGCCGCCGCCGCACGCGAACGGACCGAUUCUGCUUCUGCACGCGGACGGCGUCGGCGGGUUCGCCGCCGUCGCGCUCGCGUCCGUGCCGCUGCUGCUGCGCCGCGCGUCGCUGUACGCGCACGGCGGAUCCGCGGCGGCGGGGCGCGAGGGACCGAGCGCCGCGAGCGGAGAUAAAAAACGCGCGCGGAGAGGCGCGGACGACGACGCGGACGCCGCGGCGUCCACGGAGCACGUGUUGAAGUCCAUCGCCGGGAUGGAGGUGCUGCCGUCGAUGUCCGCCGCGGCGGCGGUCGCGGCGGCGAUGGACGGCGGCGCCGGCGACGGGUCCCGCGGCGCGGGACGGCGCGCGCGGCGAAGAAGCGUGCGUCUGAGCCAAGAGACGUCGGGGUCGCCGUCCGCGGCGGCGCCGGCGUCGUCGCCGUCCUCCGCCGGCGCGGCCGCCGCCGCCGCCGCGCGCGGGUACGGCCCGCCGUUCGACGGAUUCGGGGUCUCGCGCGCGCCGCCGCGCGACUUCGUGCACGUCCUCGACGCGCUCGUGACGCGCCAGGCGACGGACGACGCGGACGGCGGCGCGUCGUACGGGGAGCAGUCUGGCGGCGGCGGCGGCGGUGGCGGCAGCGCGCCGUCGUCGCAGCGCUCCGAGCGCGACAGCGGCAGAGUCGACCAGCCGCUGACGACCGCGCUGCUUCGCGCGGCCGCGGACGUCGUCGCCGGCCGCGACCCGAUCGCGGCCGCGCUGAGAGCGGCGGCGGACGUCGCGGGCGUCCCCGCGAGCGGCGGCGACGGCGGCGGCGGCGGCCUCGCCGCCGCGGGCGCGUCCACGGGGAACCUCGAGCUCGCGCUCGCGGGCGAGCUCGCCGCGACGCAGAGCACGCGCAGUCGCAGCGCGGCGAGCUCGCAGCCGCCGCCGAUGGAGUGGGCGACCGCGGAGAGGGAGGUGCAGGAGAGGCGCCGCAAGGAGGAGAGCGAGCGACGCGAGUUGAAGCGCGCGAUGAUGGUGCCGUCGCAUCAGCCCGCCUGUCGACGGACGGGGGCCUCGAUCUUAGCCGCGGCGACGGCGAAGGCUGGCGGUGGCGGCAGCGGCGGGAGAGGGGGGACGGGGUUAACGAAGAAGCGGGGACAGCCGGAUGUGGAGCCGAGCGAGAGCGCCGUGGGCGCGGGCGCGACGGGCGCGCCGCCGCCGCCGCUGCCCGCGCCGAGAGUGUGCCCGAGGUCGAGCUGCGGGAAGGAGCUGAUCCCGGGGGUAGAGAUGAAGUUCUGCUGUCACUGCGGCGGGGCGUUGUAG